AUGAAAUUAUUUUCUAUUGUAAUAAAAAAUCGUAACAUUUUAAGAAAAUGUAAGAAUAUAAAUAUACAAAAUAAUAAUAUUAGAAAUAUAUAUAUAUAUAACCAAGUAUACAAUUAUUGUCAUUUUAUAAAUUAUAAUAAUAUUAUACAUGCUUUACAAAAAAAGAAAGAAAAUAUUUUAAAUGAAGCAAAUUCUUUUAAUUCGCUUCUUUUGAUAUUAAAAAAAUAUAAAUUAGAUAAAAUACAAAAAGAAAACACACACUUGGUUAUUGAACAAAAUGAAACAAAUGAUCCACACACAUUAUGUUCUAAUAAAUAUAAUACAGUAAUAUAUAAUUGGAUAGAAUCUGUGAAAAUUUAUAUAAGUUGGUUUUCAGAAGUAACAGAUGAUAAAUAUAAAUCUAAGUGUUUUUCUAUCCCUACUUAUUUGAUAUUUCAUGUAGUUAUUCCUAAAGAUUUUCAGAUCUUAACAGAUAUUUUAAAACCUUUUGAAAAUUAUGAUUUUUAUAAUUUUAUAGAACUUGUCAAUAAUAGUGAAUGGGACACUUCAGGAAAUUGUAAUUCGACUAAAUUGGACGAAAAAAGUGAAGAAAACGGAAAAAAUGGCGAAAGUGGAGAAAAUGGCGAAAAUGCAGAAAGUGGCGAAAGUGGCGAAAGUGGCGAAAAUGGAGAAAAACGUGACCGAGGAAAUAAUCCUGGUUCCAUUACAUUUUGGACUAAAAAAGAUACAAAUAGGAAACACCCCAUUAUUGAAAAUGUGUUAGUUAAUCAGACAAAAAUAUGUGAACAAUCCACAAAAAAUAAUUGCAAUCUAAAUGUUAAUAAAUAUAAAAAGGAAGAUAUAUGUAAAGAUAACGAUAAAAUAUAUUUUUUCACUUUUAAUAUAAAUGAAUUAGAAAAAAAUGAACAAAUCAAAGAAAUAAUAAAUGAUUGUAUAAAAGACAAAACUUCAAAUGAGAUCAAUUAUGAAAAAGAAAAGGAAAAAGAAAAAGAAAAGGAAAAAGAAAAAAAUAUAAAUCCAUUUCUUUUUAUUGUAUAUGAUUAUAAAACAUUAAUACAUAUAUUUAAUAAUUUAAAAAUAAAUUUAUUAAAUAUUCAAAAUGUAUUCGAUAUUUAUAUUGUAAGUACCUUAUUGCAACUUGUUCAAAGAGGAGAGAAAUUGCAAAAUGUAUUUUCUUCAUAUACAGAAAAAACACAAAAUGAUUUUUUAUCAUUUUCAAAUAAUGAAUUUAAAAAAUUUUCCCCAUACUUUAAAUUUUAUUCAAUUGUUCCCCCUGAAUUUUCGGAUGUUCUUUCCGGAAAAUUUGGAGUUUAUGGGUGGGGAAAAUACCAAAAAAAAAAAGAUGCCCCCAAAAAAAAGAAAACCAAAAAAAGCGGAAAAAGCGAAAAGAGUGGAAAAAGCGAAAAGAGUGGAAAAAUCGGAAAAAGCGGAAAAAAUUCCCCAGAACAAGAUGGCGAGCCGGCUAAUUCCAAGUUUACCUUCACAAGUGUAAAAGUAAAAAACAUAAAUAAUAUUAAAAAAAUAGUAUUUGGUAAUAAAAGAAGCAUACAUGAAAUUACGGAAGAAGAUAUGAUCUUUUUUUGUGUUUCUAGAAAUAUAUUUUUAAUAAUUUUAUUUAAUUAUUUAAUAAAUCAGUUAAAAUAUAAUAUUAACAUAUUAACACUUUAUACAAAAAUAGAACAACCAUUAAUUUUUUGUAUAAGUGAAAUUGAAAAAGAAGGAAUAUAUUUAAAUCAAAAAAAAAUACAAGAAAUACAAAAUAAUUCAAAUAAUCCAUUAAUAUAUAAAAAACAAAUUGAAGAAUUAUGUGGUUAUGAUAUAAAUUUAAAUUCGUCUAAACAAGUCUCUUCUCUUUUAUCUAAAAUAUUAUUUAGUGAUAGUUUUAAUCAACAAGAUAAAACUACAUCUGAAAAUUCGAACAAUAAAUUAUCUACUUGUAUAGACAGUCAUAUGACUCCAUACAGUAUCAAUGAUAACGAAGAUAAUAUAAUAAAUGUUUUAAAUUAUAAUUCCAACUAUCUUGAUUAUAUCUCAAACUUAAAUUGUCAAAAUAACAGAGAAGAAUGUGAGGAAUUACAUUCUUUAAAUCUGUUAGAUCAUAAAAAGUUCAAUUAUUCUUAUAGUCCGAAUGAUGAAAAUAAUAAAAUAAAAAUAAGACAAUAUAGUAAUACUAUAAAUGAAAUGAAAAGAAAUAAAUUAUUACAAACAAAUAAUAAAAUGCUAAAAAUUAUAAUUGAUGAAUUAGAAAAAAAUAAUUAUAUUGAAGAAAAAGAAAAAGACAAAAUUAAACAGAUUAUUAAUAAUAUAAAACUAUAUAGAGAAUCUAAAAAAUUAUUUCAAAAUUAUAUUGAAAAUUUACCAAAAUAUAUACAAAAAAAUACUAAAAAAAUACAUUGUAAUCUUAAUCAAUUAGGAGCAUCGACAGGUAGAUUAUCAUGUGAUCAACCAAAUUUACAAAAUAUUCAUUCAAAAUUUAGAUGCACAAUUUCUUUAAAACUUAAUCAACUAAAUUCCAUUUCUAUUAAAAAAGAAAAUAUAAAAAAUACAUCAAUAAAUAAAAAUUUACUCACAUUUGAUUAUAAACAAAUGGAAUUAUUUGUUAUGGCAUAUCUAAGUUUUGAUAACCAAUUAUUAAAAAUGUUAAACAAUAGUGAUGUGUUUGUAGAAACUGCUAAAAUAUUAUUUAAUACAAAUGAAAUAACAAAAGAAUUAAGAAGAAUGACCAAAACUGUUAUAUAUGGUAUUUUAUAUGGACAAUCUGAAAAUGGGUUAGCAAAAAAUUUAUUAAUAAGUGAAAAUUUUGCAAAAUCUUUAAUUGAUAAUUUUUUUAAUUUUUAUCCAAAUGUAUAUAAAUUUAUGCAAAAACAAAAAAUAUUAGUUAAAAAUAUGAAUUCUGUUUAUACAUUAAUAGGAAGAAAAAGAAUAGUUGAUUUAGGCAUUAAAAAUAAAUAUCGAAUAAGUAUGAACACACCUAUUCAAGGUUGUUCUGCAGAUAUAAUGAAAUUUGCAUUAUUAUCAUGUAAUAAAAUAAUUUCAUUUGAUAAUAAUAUAAAUAAAGAUAUAAAUAUUUUUCUCAAAAUGAAUAAUAUAAAUGUUUCUUUAUUAAAAAAAUAUCAAAAUUAUAUAAAAUCAACAAAAUUAAUUUUACAAAUUCAUGAUGAAUUAUUAUUUGAAUGUGAUGAAAAUGGAACUCAUGAUAUUAUAAAUAUAUUAAAACCAGUUUUAGAAAAUUCUUUUUUAAAUUUAAUAAAAUAUACAAAUACACAAAAUAGAUUAUUAUUAUUAUAUGAUUAUAUGAACGAUAAUAUAUCUAUACAAACAUAUAUUGAAAAUCUUAAAAAAAUUAAUACAGAAAAUUCGACUUCUUAUGACAAUUUUGCCAAGUUUGGCAAGUUUGACAAAUUUGAUAACAUUCUUCGGGACUUUAAUUUAAAACUACCAAUUAAAGCAGAAAUCGGAACUAACAUUAAGGAAUAA